AUGAUGGUGACUACCAAUCUGAACAAUAUAUCAUUAUUGUUAUUAGUUCGCAUUGCCUCGUUAUUGGAUGCAGUGGAUAAUGUGUGCAUGUUGCUGACAUGUACUAAUCUGUUCAAUCUCAGACGAUCACUUAUCAACUCGAUUCCAUUCAUGUUGGGUCCGCUUCGUAAAGUUAACGCUAUUGGAGAUGCAUAUGUUCGAUGUAAUGAUGUAUUUGGUGACUCUACUCAUCUACGCUUUUGGUGGAAACGAUCAUUGUCUCCCAUCACACUCGGUGCUGGCGGAGAUGAUGACGAACACGCAUUACCACAACUAAAGGGUCUUUACAACCAAACACUCUGCAUCGACGAUCAUGAUCCUCACCCAACAUCGUACGUAGGCAUUACCAAGCUCAGGUACAAACACACAUCACUAGAACCGAUCGAGUUGUUCAAUACUACCUCAUCACUCCGCAAUCUGAGGGUUGGCUACAACAUGCACCUUCAACAACUCAUAGAUUGCCCUCCUGUACUCCAAAACAAAGUUCUCAGUUUGGACUACCUGCAGCCGCUGACCUCACUCACCAAGCUUGGGUUGGAUUUCUUUAGAGCGCACUUGGUACCAUCGCUCAUCCCAUCGAGUGUGACCAGGCUAUCUCUUAAGUUUUGUCCGAUCGCUGUUGGCUCGAUUCCCUCUUCCGUGACCAAUCUGUCGGUCUUGCAAUUGGAUCAUCCGAUGGCUGUUGGAAUGUUCCCUGCGUCGUUGACCAAGUUGACACUGACACGAUUCUUUAAACACUUCACACCGGGCAUCAUCCCAUCCUCGGUCACACAUCUCUCAUUCCUUGGUGAGGACGCAGCCUCUGGGGAUGCCGGACAAUCAUCCUCGUUCGAACUUGGCAGCCUGCCCUCUGGACUCCACUCCCUCGAACUCUUCUACUCUCAGCCAUUCCAACGCGACAUCCUGCCAAGCUCACUCAAACAUCUUCGUAUCGUCCUUCCCACCCAUAAGUUUGUGAAUUCAGUCGGUAUUCAGCCUCUGGCAGAGGAGGACUCACUGGUGCCCACCUGGUUCCUACCCCCAUCACUUAAGAGUCUGUCUCUGCUCCACUUCCAUUCAUUCACACCGCCCAAGAUUCAGCCUGGCGUCAUCCCGCAAACAGUGACUUCAUUGGAGUGUGCGAUGAAUGUGUGUGAUCAAGAGGUCAUGCCAACCGGUCUGCGACACCUUGACUAUGUCCUCAACCUCUCACAGACGAUGCAUUGCCAACUCUCGCUGAUGACCUCCCUUCAAUCACUCUCGCUGUCCAACUUGACAACAGACUUUAAGGUUCUGCCUGGAUCACUGCCGCCAUCACUCACAUCACUGAGGCUCAUAUUCUCACCGUUUCUCAAUGUUUGGAAUAUGUCUGCUAGAUUGGCCAACGACUCUCUGUACAACUUACCUCAUACAGUAACUAGCCUGGACAUGAACCCACCUUCUCUUCCAGUUGGACUGAUCCCCAAUUCGGUCACCAAACUCACACUGCAUACUCAUGCGCCGCUUCAAUCUGGAGUGUUGCCAAGCUCAUUGACAUCUUUGGAAGUAUUGUCAGGGACAUGCAAAGAUCCUUUGUCAAUUGAUCAUCUGCCUGCGUCACUGACUGAACUUGCGGUUCAUGAUGUAUGCAGGCUUCAGUUAACAGGGACGCCAUACUCAUCACUGAUCAGAAAUGUCAGGAUAAUGAAUGAACCUCCUACCAUGCCAAAGCAGGUGACUCAAGUGUUUGCCGUUGGAACAAACAUCGAGUAUCACUACAUCGAACAACUCACCAAAGUGUCCCUGUUCUUCAGAAUCAUCGAUCAAUCAAGUGUACUCAUUCAGUCACCAAACAAGGUUGGUGGAUUCCUCGAUAGAUCGAGCCAAUGA